AUGGCAAAAGAUACAGUUACAGUUCGUCUUCAAAAAUUACUCAAUAAUAAAUUAUUAUUAUCAUCAUCACAUGAUAAAAAAACCAUUAUUUCUGCUUAUAAUACAUUAAUUAGUAUUCUUCAAACGCCUGAAAUGCAUCAACAAUUGCCUGGAAACCAAGAUUUACUUUUCGAAUGUAUAUCUCAAAUAAUUUUGACAUCAUUUAAUCAAUAUUUUCAUGAUGAUCAAUUACGAUUUUUACUUCAAUUAGUAUCAAAUACAUGUGUUUUAUCAAUGUCACAAAAUCAAAUCAUUGAUAGUUGGUUAAAAAAUAUUGAACAACGUACAUUUGAAAAACAAGAUAGUUAUGAUGAUGAUGAUGAUGAUGAUGAUUUAUAUGAAGAUAUAACUGAAAGUGAAGACGAUGAAAAGACAAAAAAUGUUACAAAAAAUACUAAUAAUGAAUCAAAACUAAGUUUCAAUCAUCAACAUUCUGAACAAAGUACAGUAAAUGAAGCUUCAGCUAGUGGAAACAAUAAUCGAAAAUCAUCAAAUAACAAUAGUACAAAUAAUGGACGAUGUGUAGCUUCAUUCAAUAAUAAAUAUGGUGCUGAUAUUCGACUUUAUGAUUGCUACAUUUGUGGUGAAUAUGGUCAUAUUCAAUAUAAUUGUCCUAUGAAAAAAAAUAAAUCAAAAGUUAAAUCUCGUACUCAUAAUCGUACUGAUUUAACUAAUAAAAAGAAACAAAUUCGAUCAGAAUCUUCUAACGAAAUAAUUCUUUCAAAAAGAGAUCAAGGUCGUAUUCAACGAAUUUGUAAUCAAUCAACAAAAUUAAUUGAUUGUUCUUAUACAGAUGAAAAACGAAAUAAAACAUUUAAAUUACUUCUUGCACGUAUAAGAAAACUUUUAAAACUCCAUGGAAAAAAUCUUUCAAGAAUAUUAUAUGAAAAAGAAUCAAUAUUCUAUUCAUUUGUUUGUCAUGUUGCACAAAAUAAUUUUCUAUUUACAAAUGAUCAAUAUUUAAUAUUAUAUGAUUUAAAACAUAUUUUAUUACCACAAAAAUAUAAUUUAUUAAAUAAAGAUCGUUCAGUAUUUUGUCGAGAACGUAUAUUAAUACCUUUAAAUAUAAUUACAGAACAUAUUAAAACUCAAUCAAAAAUUCAACAAUUAAUAUUAGAUGAUUUUCAAGAAUAUAUUAUUCGUUCAACAUCACCAAUAUCAACAAUAUUAUUUGAUUUAAUUAAAUAUGUAUUAAAAUCAAAUAUAUAUAUUGAUAUAAAAUAUUUGAAAUAUUUUUCAAAAACAAUUUUAUUUGAUAUGAAAAAAAAUAUUUUUUCAAAUGAACAACUUGAUGAACUUCAUAUAUAUUAUAAUAUUCUUAUAAAAAAUUUUGAACGUGAUAAUCCAAUACAGGCAUGGAAAGAACGAAUAGUUUUAUUUAAAAAUGGUAAUAUAAUACCAAAUGAUCUUGAUCAAUGGAUUUCAGAAUUAGAUCAACUUAUUAAUAAAACUCUUAUUAAAAAAAGAAACUCUCAAAAAAAUGUUCUUCAACAUGCUAUGUGGUAUUUUAUUAUUUUAACCAUGGCUAGUAGUGGUCAUUUAAAUCAAGAUCAAUAUGAAUGUAUUUUAAAAUCUGGUAUUCAAUCAACAUUAUUUAAUUCCAAACAAAAGUUUUAUUUUCAAUAUUAUUUAAAUCAAGGACAUGCACCAAUAACUAUUGAUGAAUUAAAUCAUGUUGAAAAGAAAUUACGAAGUCAAAAUAUUGACGACAAAAGAUUAGCCUAUGAACAAAUGAUAAUCAUACUUAAUAGACCAAAACCAGAAUUUAAGAAUGAACAAUCAAAACAGUCAGACGAUUUAAUUCCAAUAAUUGAUGAUCAUGUUCUACUUUAUUUAAUUUCUCUUAUUGAAAUGUUUUCUUCAGAUGCCAUUACAUUUACAACUGAACAAUUUAAAGAAUUACUUGAUAAAUUUCUUUAUCAAUCAACAAUUGUUCGUCCAAUACCGUAUGCUGAACAAAAACGUUUAUUAUCAUAUUAUUCUCGUUCAAUAUCAUUAAAUGAAUUGAAAACUCAUCCUUUAUCAACAGAAUCAGAUUUAAAUCAUUAUUUACAAUUACUUAAAAGUAGACCAUUAAUGAAAAAUGAUAAACUAUAUGAUUAUUUAACAACAACAGUUAUAAAUAUAUUUAAAAAUCGACAAAAAUUUUCCAAUGAAAAAUGUCAAGACUUAAAGAAUAUUCUCGUAAAAAAUAUUUUAGGAAAAAAUCGUUAUCGUUCAAUAAAUGAAGCUUAUGAAAAUUUUCGUUUAAAUAAAAAUAAUCAUCUAAUAAUUAAUCGAACUAUUCUCAAUAAAUUACUAAAUAAUAUUCUUUUAAAAGAUUGUCAAGCACAUGUUGAAUUUCUUAAUUUAUUAGAAGAUAUUUCACAAUCAAUCAAUUUUAAAAAAAUAACAAUUGAAUUUGAAAUAAAUAUUUGUCUUUUAACAACAAUAAUUCUUCUUAUAAUCGAUGCUGAUUAUUCAAAUUCACCAGAUUUAAUUUUGUUUCAGCAACGCUUAAUAAAUAUAAUAAAAAAAGAAAGAAAAUUUUUUUCCUUAUGUUUUACUAAACAACAAUAUAAACUUAUUACAUCACGUUUAAUAUUAAUAUUAAAUAUUGAUGUAUUAAUUAAUUUACUAAAAACAAAUUUAAAUGAAAAUAAUUUUUCUAAUUUAAUUUAUUUCAUUCAAAAUGAAUUAAAACAAAAAGAUGAUUUUAAUAAAUUAAUUUCUUUUUUAAUUUACACAUUUGAUAAUGAAUUUUUAUCUAUUGAACAAACAUUUCAAAUAUCAAAUUUAAUUUUUCAACAUUCAAAAUUAAAUAAUAAAAAAUUUAAACAUCUUCUUCAAUUUCUUAUUGAAUUACUUCAAUUGAAAAUACAUUCAUCACCUAAAAUUUUCUUAAAAUUAAUUAAAAAUAAUCAAGAUAAUUAUCAAACUAUCAAUCAAAUAGAAAUUAUAUUAAAAUUACAAAAUGGAAAAUAUGCUAUUGCAGGAUGGAAAAGAUCAAUGAUGAUUGGUGAUGAAGAAGCUCAAAUAAUUGAUGAAAAUUAUUGUAAAACACUUGAAUAUGGUUUACCUCCAAUUGGAGGUUGGGGAGAAGUAUUAUUAUUUCCAGCUAUGAAACGAAUUCGUGAUAUUCCAAUUAUUCCUACACAAAUGAAUACAAAUUAUGGUAAUAUGAAACAAGAUGGAAAACAAAAUAAUAAUUUAUUUAUAGAAAUUAUGCAACAACAACAAGAACUUUAUAAUAAAUUACCUUCUGGUCAAAUGAAAUUUAUAAUUGAAGAUCGUGUAUUUAAAGCUAUUCCUGAUUUACGUGUAGCUAUUAUUGUUACAAAAGAUAUAAAAUAUAAUGAAAAUGUUAUAUUAAAAAUUAAAAAAAUACUUCAAACAUAUUGA